CAUAUCAUCUCUGUGGGCAAGCCUGUGAACGCGCAUUUCUUUGGCAGGAGCGACAUUUGCACGCUCCCGUGCGUUCGCCAUAGAAAACAAAGCUAUCCGUGCGCUUCCAUUACAGCUAGCGGGGCAAACAUAGCAAAUCUAUCUCUCUCUGCAUGUACACCCAAGAUGGGUUUGCAGCUCAUCUGAGGGCCUUUGAUAGUGGGGCCUGUUUUGAGGUCGGUUAGACGGGCGGACGUUCUGCUGAAGUCAACGAGACGGUUCUUUCGUUUUUUUGCGGACCGCUUUUGUUUCUUAGCCACCGCUAGCAGCAAAGCCCCGAUCUUUGUAUUUUCUGCCGCGAGCUGCUGAGGGCAAACACAUCGCCAUGUUGUUAUCGGAGCAGGCUAAGUGAAGAAGGCGAAACCACGAGCGUGUGGAGGAGAUCAUCUCGUCGUUUGAGCCGAACCUGAGUCCUCAACCGCCGUCUGCCUGCUUGACUGACUGACAUGGCGGAGCAGAGCUACUCCUGGGCGUAUUCCCUGUUCGACUCCAGCCAGGUGUCAACGUUCCUGAUCUCCAUCCUCCUCAUCGUCUAUGGCAGCUUCAGGUCAUUAAAUAUGGACUGUGAGAACCAGGAGAAGGAUAAGGAUGGAAACCCUACCAACACUGGCUCCUUCAACAAUGCCAACACCAACAACAGUAUUCAGACCAUAGACUCCACACAGGCGCUGUUUCUACCCAUUGGAGCCUCCGUGUCUCUGCUUGUCAUGUUCUUCUUCUUCGACUCGGUUCAAGUAGUGUUCACCAUAUGCACUGCAGUUCUAGCGACCAUCGCCUUUGCGUUUCUCCUGUUGCCGAUGUGCCAGUAUGUGACCAGGCCUUGCUCUCCACAGAACAAGAUCUCGUUCGGCUGCUGCGGCCGCUUCACGCUGGCGGAGCUGCUCUCCUUCUCCCUGUCUGUCUUGCUGGUUCUCAUCUGGGUGUUGACGGGUCACUGGCUGCUCAUGGAUGCUCUCGCCAUGGGUCUCUGUGUGGCUAUGAUUGCAUUCGUGAGGCUGCCUAGUCUCAAGGUGUCUUGCCUGCUGCUGUCAGGCCUGCUCAUCUAUGAUGUAUUCUGGGUCUUCUUCUCCGCCUACAUCUUCAACAGUAACGUGAUGGUGAAGGUGGCCACGCAGCCCGCCGACAACCCCCUCGACGUUCUUUCCCGCAAACUGCACCUGGGCCCCGGCAUGGGAAGGGACGUCCCGCGUCUCUCGCUCCCCGGCAAACUGGUGUUCCCCAGCUCCUCCGGCAGUCACUUUUCCAUGCUGGGCAUCGGUGACAUCGUCAUGCCAGGCCUGCUCCUGUGUUUCGUUCUGCGAUACGACAACUAUAAGAAACAGGCCAACGGAGAAGUUCCCGGCACUGUUAACAUGUCCGGUCGCAUGCAGCGGGUUUCCUACUUCCACUGCACUCUCAUUGGUUACUUUAUUGGUCUGUUGACUGCCACCGUGGCCUCCCGUAUUCACCGCGCGGCUCAGCCUGCCCUCCUGUACCUGGUGCCCUUCACUCUGCUGCCUCUGCUCACCAUGGCCUACCUGAAGGGGGACCUACGGCGCAUGUGGUCCGAGCCCUUCCACACCAAGGCCACCAGCUCUCGGUUCUUUGAGGUAUGAUGCUGCUCCGAUCAGCACAGAUUCCCACCCGGCCACCACCCACCGGAGAGAAAGAGAGAGAGAGGUCUGAAGAGAGGAACUGAACUCGUCUUCUCAUCAUCCCUCAUUCCUGUUGUCAUCCUCUAGCCAGCGGAUGAACAGCCGUACGCGGACUUCACUGCCAGAUGGAUUCAUGCGCUCCUCACGUCCCCGUAUUCUUCAUUCCUUCGCUUCUCGCCAUCCUGUAUCUGAACCGCUCAAGUCCUUCGCUGUUUUUCACUACCUCUUUCCUGCUUCCAUUCCAUCUCUUUCUUCAACGUUCUUUUUUUUUAUUCCCCGUCAUCUCCUGUGUUUUGCUCAGCCACACUUCACCGGAUCAGUUGUUCUGUGGACGUGACCGGAGCCGCUCCAUUUUUAACGUUCGGCAACGCAACGGAUUUACAAACCGAGAUUUGUUUAUUUGCCGCUCUGAACGAACGGCAAACAAGGGACGUGGAUUCUGCCGCAGCGCGUGACGACGAUGACCCGAUAAGGGACCAGCACACAGUAGAGGACAGCGAUGUUUCUCAAACUCCUCUUUUCUUCGUUCUCUCUUUCUCUUUCUGAUAAAACAACACCCGCAUCGACCUCCGCCUACACCCCUAACAAACCCCCUCACCCUUUGCAGAAACAUGUAUUUUAUUUAGAAAGAUUUUAUUCUUGGCAUAUACAGAAUUGAUGCAUUAUAAAUUGUCAGGGCGUAUGGCCCUAUGUAUAUAUGUGUACACAUGUAUUCGGGGUUAUCAUGUUGAGGUGUGCGCGCGUAUGUGUGUGUGUGUGUGUGUGUGUGUGUGUGUGCGCGCGCGCGCGCGUGUUUGUGUGCGUGCGUGUGUGUUUGUGUGUGUGCGUGCGUGUUUGUGUGCGCGUGCGUGCGUGCGUGUUUGAAGAGGAACAACAUUUUUUUCUGGCUUUUAGGUCUCAAUGGAGUCGUGGCCGAAUGAAACGAAAGGCAAUGGCACUGAUGGGAAAUGUUUUUUUCCCCAUAAAUGGGUUUUUGUCUAGGCUGAUGGCUCUGCUAAGGUCACUUUUUUUGUCUAAUGUACACAUAGUCUUUCAUAAAACACAUUAGGCUCAUUUACGAAACACGAGGCAGGACAAAUUUCCGUGCGUAUCGCCCAUAAAUCCAUUGCGAUGGAAAUUGUCCCAUUGAAUUAAAUGUGACGAUUUGCGUAAGAAUGGUUUACGUACGAAACACAGGAACUCAUUCUGCUCGUGUUCUUGAAUGAAGCCCAUUCACAUGGUUCAAAAGAGCUGACGUGUACGCGGCUUGACCAUUGAAGUAAAGGACGUGUGAUGUACAUGUAUGAAUGUAUGGUUGUUAUCUCCACGGGGUCUGGAUUGACCGUUGAGCACAAGCUCUGUCGUGCCCCUGGAUAAAUUCUUUAAGGAUUUUACUCAAAUCUUUGGAUCUUAAUUGAAACAGGCUUUCAUUCUUUCAAGCAUUAUAUUUUUGUUUGUAGCCAUUCCUUUGAGAAAGUCUGAUCUAUAACGGUUAAACUGGAACUGAGGGUGUGUGUUCUGUAAGCUCGAGUGAGUGGGUGUGUUACACUUUGUAGAAAAUAAUGCAUUUUGCUGGCUCAGUCCGUUUGCUUUUUUUACCUGUUGUUACCUGUUUUUUAAUCUGUUAGUUGUUUGGCCUUGCAUGUCAAUUGUACAGCGUGUCGUUCUUUAAAGCUGCGUUCCAGGGCAACCGGUUGUGCGACACUCUGAAACUCAGACACAGGGUCAUGGAUGAAAAGUCGCACAAGAGAUUUAAUAAAAUGAGGAGAGAGGCCCGGGCGAUGAGACUUGGACCGUUCUGACCCCACACAUGACCUCACACAAACGUGCGUUGGCCGAUUAUUCAGUAUGAAUAUUUGGUCCCUGGCAGUGGGACACGGUUAACUUGAGCAUCACAGACUUUAUCUUACCCACAAUCCAACUCACUGUUCCUCUGCCACCCGUAUAGACAUUAUGAAAAAAGAACUAUACAAAUCAUGAUCAUGGUGAUUGCAUUGAAAAGAAAUACAAAUGUUCUUUUUUAUGAAAUAUUACCUUUUUGUUUGGGUUUUUUGUUUUGUUUUGUUUUUUAAUCCCAUCAUUUGUAUUUUCCCAGUUUCCUUUAAUGCUGUGGAGUUUCAUUUUGUACUUUCUCCAUCAUCCUCCCUGCCUGCAGAGGGCGCUAAGCUCAACAUUAACAGCCAAAAGGGUUCUGUAUAAAAAAAUUGAAUAAAUAAAUUACAAAGUGUAGUGAAAUGUGGAUCCAAAUGAGCUGUUCUGAAAGCAUUUCGGCUCUCCUAACCUUACCUUUCUUCUCUUUAGUCAGGAUUCUGCUGUAAAUAAACAUGACUCUAACUGUAUGCCCAAGAGUUUUCUUUGAC